UUGGCUUUGCCUUUCUGCAGUGCUCUGUGUCAGGCUUGGGCCAGGAACCAUGAGGCUCUGUGUCUGCUUCAUGUUGCUCUCCUUUAUUCUGUGCACAAGUGCUGAGACGCCACUACUAGUCCGAGGCGGACAAUUUGUCCGGGAUGCAGCGGGAGGGGCAUGGGAUAUGUUCAGAGCAUACCAGGACAUGCGCGAGGCAAAUUAUAAAGGUGCUGACAAAUAUUUCCAUGCUCGUGGGAAUUAUGAUGCUGCCCAAAGAGGACCUGGCGGUGCUUGGGCAGCCAAAGUGAUCAGCGAUGCCCGGGAAAAAUGGCAAAGCGACGUGAGUGGCAGAGGCGCAGAAGACACCCGAGCCGACCAAGAGGCGAAUGAGUGGGGCAGAAGCGGCCGGGAUCCCAACCGCUACAGACCUGCGGGCCUCCCCAGCAAAUACUAG